AUGCAUUCGUGGUGGCUACCGUGCCUGCUGGCGCCACUGCUCCUGAUAACCACGGAGGCGUCGAUUUACGACGACGAUUACGACACUUAUACCAGGAGUUACGACUAUAGGACUUCAGAAAGCCGCACGUGCACCGCGUCGGAGUUCCGCUGCAAAACUGGCCGCUGCAUACCGAUGUCCUGGCGCUGCGACAACGAGAAGGACUGCUCCGACGGCUCCGAUGAGGAACCUGGCACAUGCACAUCUCAACGCAGCGGCUGCCCGGAACACAAGUUUGUGUGCACAAGCGGUCACUGCAUACCGGCCGCUUGGCAUUGUGACGAUGCAGCCGAUUGCCCCGAUGGCUCUGAUGAACACCACUGUGAAGUGGAGGCGUGCGGGCCCGAAGAAUUUACAUGCCGCGGGAAACAUGGAGAAUGCGUGCCCCUCACCUGGAUGUGUGACGACAACCCCGACUGUUCGGAUGGUUCCGAUGAGAAAGCUUGCAACGAGACGUGUCGCUCGGACGAGUUCACCUGCGGGAACGGGAAGUGCAUCCAGCAGCGGUGGGUCUGCGACGGCGACGACGACUGCGGCGACGGCAGCGACGAGGUGAGGUGCCCAGCGCCCACGUGCCAGCCGCGCACCCACUUCGCCUGCGCCGACGGCCACUGCAUCUCCGCGCGGUGGCGCUGCGACCGCGACAUCGACUGCCCCGACGGCAGCGACGAGCAGGGCUGCCCCUCGACGCCGAGGGUGAUAUCGCCGUGCGUCUCCACGGAGUUCCAGUGCCGCGACCGCAUGACGUGCGUGCACAAGACGUGGGUGUGCGACGGCGACCGCGACUGCCCCGACGGCGGCGACGAGGCGCCGGAGCUGUGCCGCGGCAACGUCACCUGCCGCGCGGACCAGUUCCAGUGCAGGGACCGCAGCUGCGUGCCGGGCGCCCUCUACUGCAACGGCGACAGGGACUGCCCCGACGGCAGCGACGAGCUCAACUGCACUCGGCCGAAGCCGGUCUGCGACAAGAAGACUGAGUUCGACUGCGGCGGCGGCAUGUGCAUACCGCUGUCCAAGGUGUGCGACAAGAAGCCCGACUGCCCCAACUUCGAGGACGAGCCGCGCGACCGCUGCGGAGAAGACGAGUGCGCGAGGGGCAACGGCGGCUGCACGCAGCGCUGCGUCGACACGCCCGUCGGCUACUACUGCGACUGCGACAAGGGGUACAAGCUGGUCGACAACCGCACUUGUGAAGAUGUGGACGAGUGCGCGGACCCGGGCGCGUGCUCGCAGCUGUGCAUCAACGAGAAGGGCACGUACAAGUGCGAGUGCCACGCGGGCUACGCGCGGGACCCGCGCGACCGCACGCGCUGCAAGGCCACCGAGGGCCACCCGUCGCUGCUGUUCGCGCGGCGCUUCGACAUCCGCAAGAUCAGCCUCGACCACCACGAGAUGGUCGCCAUCGUGAACGACACAAAGUCCGCCACCGCGCUCGACUACGUGUUCCGCACCGGCAUGAUCUUCUGGAGCGACGUCACCGACGAGAAGAUAUACAAAGCGCCAAUCGACGAGGGCAGUCAGCGCACGGUGGUGAUCGGUGACCAGCUCAUCACUUCGGACGGCUUGGCCGUGGACUGGAUCUACAACCACCUGUACUGGACCGACACCGGCAAGAACCACAUCGAGCUGUCCGACCUGCAAGGCAACAUGAGGAAGAUCCUCAUCAGAGAUCGCUUGGAGGAGCCGAGGGCUAUCGCUCUCAAUCCGCUAGACGGAUGGAUGUACUGGACGGACUGGGGCCAAACCCCUAGGAUUGAACGGGCUGGAAUGGAUGGGUCCCAUCGCCAAACAAUAGUGUCCUACGACGUCAAGUGGCCGAACGGUCUCACACUGGAUCUGGUCAGAAAACGUGUCUACUGGGUGGACGCGAAGAUGAACACGAUAUCGUCGUGCAACUACGACGGCACCGCGCGCCGCCUCGUCCUGUACUCGACGGACGUGCUCAGGCACCCGUUCUCCAUCACCACGUUCGAGGACUGGGUCUACUGGACCGACUGGGACAAGACCGCCGUCUUCCGCGCCAACAAGUUCAACGGGAAGGACGUGGAGGCCAUCACCGCCACUCACACGCUGCAGAACCCGAUGGUGAUCCACGUGUACCACCCAUACCGGCAGCCAGACGGCGUGAACCACUGCGCCGCCGUGAACGGCCACUGCUCCCACCUGUGCCUGCCCGCGCCCCGCAUCGGCCCCGCCGCGCCGCGCGUCUCCUGCGCCUGCCCCACCGGCCUGCGCCUUCUGCCCGACAACCAGAUGUGCGUCGAGGACAAUGCAAUAAAACCAGACGUGGAGGUGCAUAAAUCGAGUAAUGGUUCAAAUGAACCUGUAGUAAUUCAGGAAAAACCUGUAAGCAGCGUACCAGAGCCCCCGAAGACCGGUACCGGAAUCUCGAACAGCGGCAGAGACGCAGGCGUGGUCGCGGGUAUAGUGAUUGCAGUCAUCACCGGAGUCCUGGUACUUGCCGCAUUGGUCGCGUUUGUAAUGUACCGCCACUACGUCCACCGCAACGUGACCUCUAUGAACUUCGACAACCCGGUGUACAGGAAGACCACGGAGAACCAGUUCGCGCUCGAGCAGAAUGGCUACGCGCCGGGAAGCAAACUGUACCCGAGCACUGUCGGCGAGGAGGCACAAGAACCUCUUAACACACCCGGCACAAAUGACUAUGUA